UUUUAUGAGCUAAUCCAAUUUACCUAGUUUUCUUUUAUUAUCCGAUUAUGCUAGUCAUUACGUAGUUUUGUUUGAAAUUUUUGAAUUAAAAUGUGGCUGGAACACACGGAAGAGUUCUUCAAAGGGUUUUUACCAUACUAUGUGCUCAUCUUUUUGCCGAUAUUCAUUAUCAUUUCGCCAGCGAAUCCUGUAGCAGCCUCGCACGAAUUUCCCGUUUAUCGCAUGCAACAUUUUGACUUGCACGGCGUAUCACAUGGAUGCAGAAGCGCUUCAAUUAAUUUGGAGGCAAGGUCUUUGAUGGGAUGGACAACCUCAAGGCAUUGUGUUGUCACCAAACUCAAGGAUCUGACUGUCGAUCAUUUCAUGGAGAUCCGCAACAAGGCAGGUGCACUGCUGGUUGUGUUACCAAACAAUUUGUCCAAAUUGUCAAAGGAAGACAAACAUCACUUGGUCUUAUUGGAAAAUGCCAUGAUGAUGGAGGACAUUAAAAUCCCUGUAUAUUUUUGUAAGGAAACCAAGGAAUUGAAUAAUAUUGUUAAGGAGGUUGGAACCAAUAAUGCAGCAGAUGACAAGAAGAUAUCUGCUGCUGAAGCUAUGCUAGCCAGUGUAUCUGCUAAUGGCUAUCAAAUUGUUGUUAGUCCUAAAACACCAAGUGCCAAAACUGAUGUUAAGGUAGCCACAAUCCAAGGAAACUUGGUAGGCCACAGUGCUGAUGGUAAAAUUCCUACCAUUGCAAUUGUAGCUCAUUAUGAUAGUUUUGGUGUGGCACCUGAUUUAGCAUUUGGGGCGGACUCGAAUGGAUCUGGAGUUGCGAUGCUCUUGGAGUUAGUACGAUUAUUUUCCGUAUUAUAUUCCGAUCCAAAAACGCACGGUAAAUUCAAUAUCGUUUUUCUCUUGACCGGGGCUGGUAAACUGAACUACCAGGGAAGCAAAAAAUGGUUGGAAGACCAAUUGGACUCGUUAGACGGUUCCAUAAUUCAAGAAGCUUCCUAUGUGAUGUGCCUGGAUUCGACGGCAUCAAGCAGUUCGUUGUACAUGCACGUCUCGAAGCCACCUAAAGAGGGAUCGGCUGCUUCUAUUUUCUUCAACAAGUUGAAAUUAGCAUCUGAUAGUUUCGUCGAGGCCAGCGUUGAAGGCGUGCAUAAAAAGAUCAACCUAGCGGAUGAUCUUCUAGCUUGGGAACACGAGAGGUUCAGCAUUCGCAGACUUCCAUCAUUUACUUUGUCUUCAUUAAAAUCCCACAAAGACUUCAAGCGCUCCACGAUUCUAGAUGUACGGGACAAUCUGAGCUUGGACACCCUCGUACAAAACACGCAGAUCGUUGCUGAUGCUUUAGCCAAUCACAUCUACAACCUUACUGGUGGCGCGGUAUUCGGAAAUUCAUUGAAAGUUGAACGCAACGCUGUGGAAGCGUGGUUGGACUAUUUGAGCUCUCAGUCCCGGUCGGCUCAGAUGUUAUCUAAUAAAGACAACGUUCUUGUAUCGCAGUUGAAAGAUACCUUCGGCAGGUAUCUUAGGGACGUAAAGAUUACUUACGCCAUUCCAGAUAAACGCGACCCCGAGUUUGUGUUCUACGAUGUAACGCAAGGAACCAUGAAUGUCUACAGCGUGAAACCAGCCUUUUUUGAUCUCAUCCUGACUAUGGGCAUAGUUGCAUACCUUGUAACAAUCUACUUUGCGAUACAGAAGUUUCCAGUGUUCUACACAAUCGCGUGUAGCAUCACCAAGAACAAGAAGCAGAAUUAGACAAAUUACAUUUAAUGCCAAAACGAAAAAUCUGUUCAAGUUUUGUUUCUUUUUAUUAGUAAUUUAAAUUCCAUUAUUUGUUUCAUAAAUGGUCUUUUUUC